AAUGUAGGCAAAUUAUGAAGCAUUUAUUGAUGGUAUAAUUAAUGUGAAAAAAUAUAGAGGCUAAGAAUAAGAUGAUGAAAUGGUAAGAAAUCAACGAAUAGAAUAUGUGGGAAUUAUAUUAAAAUAAAGAUGGAUAUGUAGUAUAUACAAAGAAGAAUCCAGAAAAUGGAAUAACAAUUAAUAGGACUUAAACAGAGAUAGCUAAAACACCUGAUUAAAUUCUUGAUUUAGUAGGAGAUGUAAAUAAGCGACCUUUGUAUGAUGAGAAGAUCGAAACUGUAUAUAAUAAUAGAUAUAUCAUUAUAGGCUAAUGUAAUAGAAAAGAUAGAUGAAAAUACUAGAGUUAUUUAUGUAAGAAUUAAACCUCCCAUUCCUUUUAUGAGCAGCAGAGAUUUAGUAAUGAUAUAAAAGAUCUAUAAAUAAAAUGAUGGCAUCUAUAUUGUUUGUUGUAAGAGAAUAUUUUGAUUCUUUUAUAGCUAAAUCUAUUAUUCAUCAGAAAACUCCACCUGUUCACAAAGUUGAGAGAGCAGAAAUGCAUUUAAGUGGAUGGAUCAUUAUUCCUUAACCAAAUUAAGUAAUUAUUGUAGAUCUAAAUUUUAUAGAUGACCAAAAUCAUUGCUAUCUAAUGUUUUGAUCCUAGAGGUGAUGUACCUUAAUCAAUUACAAAUCAAUAUGCAAAGUUAUAAUCAGAUAUGAUGAAAGCAGUUGUUAAAUAUAUAGCACUUAAUUAUAAAUGAGUAUUGAUUAUAGAU